AUGGCACCACUUCUUGAAGAUCCUCGCAUCCGGCAAACUUGGAACCAAUUCUCACAGAAUGCGGAACAUGCUACUGAGAAUGCUGCGGCAGGAAUAUGGAACUUUCAGCACAACUAUAUAAACCCCUGUUUUUCGACCAUCGGUAACGGCUUAGAUGCAUGUACAGCCCAAUGUUUUCCAGGACAAGAAGAAAGGGCAAGGAGAUUAAGAGAAAGAGGGCGGACGCGAGGGCGCGCGGAAUUUAGUUUUGAUUUCUACGACGAUUGGGAUGAAGAUGAAGGGAUAUUAGGAGGAUGGGGAAAUGAUGAGCUGGAUAGGUUGUUAGCGGGAAGUGGAUCGCAUUCUGGAAAUGUGAAUGAAGCGCCAAGGAGGAAAAGAGGGAUGAGUUACGGGACACGAGGAAGAAAGAAAGGAUUAGAAGGCGAUCCUACAAUUAUACCGAGUACAAGCGCUUUAGGAUUUUUGGGACGCUUACCUUGGAAAUUGGGAGGAACAUUAAGAUACAAACCUAGCGCGGCAGAUCUGCAAGAACAUCCCGGAGCACAUCGAUCAGAUUUCAAUGGAGUUGGCGAAGAAGGAGACGCAUUGAUGGGGGACGACCUUGAUGAUGAUGCGCGGGAUUUCAUGAGAGGACAUACGAGGAAUAGGAGUUCAACACAAAGUUCAGGAGAGACUUCGGAUUCGUUUCGAUCGAGAGGGGAUCUAUUUCCCAGUGACGAAGAAGAUGCGGUACCUUUGAGUGACGAAUUUGCGAUGGUUCUCGAGAGACGAAAUACAAACUCCGGCACGGACGAUAAGAGUAGUGGGAAAACACGAAGCAGUAAAGGUAAAAGACCUGCACGGUCAAGGGAUGUAUCACGAACUACACAAUCAUCACAAACGUUACGACCAGGAGGCCGCGCGGGCUCAGGGACGUCAUUGCCAACAACGCCAGACCUAUCGAGUCCUGAUGUGAUCGCCACUCCGUCAAUUGAAGAUCUACAAUUGGAAGAGGAAAGAAUACGUUUGGAAGAAGAUGGAGAAGUGGAAAGAAAACGACAAGCCGCUUUGAGAUUAGCGCAAGAACGGGGGCUCCAUGCAGAGGAUGUAAUUGAAUCUGUUUCUUCGGAACCAAAACAAGAUAUAGAGUCGGUAGAAGACGUGCCUACUCCACCUGAUGCAUUCGAAGUAGUGCAGGCCAGCGAAUCACUUUCAGCCCAAUCAGGGUCACAGGAUGAUAAGGAGGAAUCGGAAAGAAAGGAUAGUGACAGCGACAAAGGAAACGACUUUGUGCCUGCGAGACUACCAAACUUUGGUUAA